AUGUCACUUCUGGAGAUUUCCUGGGGCGACUACACCCAGAAGAUGUGGUCCCUGGACAAGAGCGCCCGCGGCCACCCGCAGCAUCUCACCGCCGGCUACAUGCGCCCCAUAAAAGGCAGCGAGCGGAAGCGCCACCCACGCGUAUACGUCGCGGAGUACGGCGCCGCCGGGUCCAUCGAGCUCACGCCUGUCGUGAUGAAGUUUGCUUGGAAUGACGCCGAGCGCACGGCGCUCGAUAGGGAGUACAGGUUGUACGCGCAGGAGUUGCAUCCUUUGCAAGGACGCGUCGUUCCGAAUGUGUAUGGCUACUUCGACGGCCGAGAUGCGAAGAACGGACAGGCCUGCAGUGUGCUGGUGAUGCAGUAUUGCUCUGGCGGACCUGUAUAUCGCACAGAUUUCCAUCGCCCAGAUAUGCAAGCAAUUCUGGCCCAGAUAUUGAGCAGAAAUGUCAGCGUGAACGAGCUACUGAGCGAGGAUCACUUCGUCCUCACGAAAGAGGGCGACAUUCGCGUUGUUGGCUUUGCGAGCGCCAAGACGGUCGACCGCUCUGCCGCAACCCGCCAGCGGCGGCCUUCGAACGCACUCCCUUACGGAGUGGCCACCAUCCCGUCACAUCAUACCACGAAAGACCCGGGGUUUGGACGCUUCGCGAGCCCUAUGCCUCACGGGUACCCUGUCUACGGCAACACUGGUCCGUAG